UUUAACUAUAAUUUAGGUCAACUGUCUGUUAGCUAACAACAAUGAAAAUUCUACAAGUAUGUUUGUUAUGUUGUUUUAUUGCAGUAAUUUCUGCAAUUGGUGAUACAGAUACGAGGAAAGCUGUCGAUGCACUGAUUAAACGAGUUGAAAAUGUCGAGCUGGAAAACAUGAAACUGAAAAAGGAAAUCAAGCUUCUCCGACAACAAAAUCAAAAUGGACAUUUCAGGAACAGACGACAAGAAGGACAAGCAAAGAUUGCUUUCACUGCCACAGUCUCAUCUCAUUUAAAAUCCCUCGCCCAUCACAACGUGAUUGUUUUCGACCGGACCGGAAGUAAUUUUGGUAAUGGUUACGACAACGUUACCGGAUAUUUUAUUGCGCCGGAAAGCGGCGUCUAUGUUUUCUAUGCAAAUAUUAUGUCUGAAGUUGGAAAUGGUCUCACCUACAUUGAAACAGAAAUUGUGAAAAACGGGAGCCAGCUAGCGGAAAUGUACUCAGGAGCGACAAAUUCACAUGACUCAUCUAGCAACAUGGCCGUCACCUCUCUUCAGAAAGGCGAACACGUGUGGGUUCGUGUGCACGGAGCUUGGUCGAAUAAUUUCUCUAUUCACUGCUGUUUCUCAACUUUCUCUGGAUUUCUUCUUGCCAGAGAUGAGUGGAGUGAGAACAUAAUUGGAUGAAAUAAUUGUUAAUUUUCAAUACAUCUUUGUCAAGAAAAAAUGUUAUAAUACAUUGAUUAAAAAUAUAAUUGUA